AUGCUCAGUACUUCAGCGUCUACGGCUGAUGAUCCCGGUCUCUACUACUCCAACGACAAAAACAACAACGAAGUGCACCAAGCGUACCAAGCGCGGUCCCCGACCCCGUAUCUCGCCGCCGGGGUAGAUGAUUGGGCUCCGCAGGGCGUGAAUAUAACAUUCUUCGACAACUUUAUGCGGGGUGCCAGUUCUGAUAUCAUGGUUGAUAGGGUCCUGAGCGCCCUCUGA